AAGUCGCCAAAUCCUUUUGGGCAGCCUGCGGCUCAUCCGAACGCGUGCUGGUUUUUUGGGACGAACCUCGCGUCAGCCUCGUGAACUUUCUGGAAAAUGGUUCCAUUUUUCUGCCGCAUUUUCUUCGCUUGGUACUAGCAGCCCUGUAUGAUACAGUGGUCGAACUGUAUACCGACGGUCUUUCCGAGGAAACCCCAACAAACCCCAUGUUCUUGUUGCUAUAUAAUGAACUCUAUUAUCGCCACCUGUAUGCACAUCUCAGCACCAGUUUGUCUGUGGAGGAUAUGGUGCAGUCCUACCUGAAUUAUUGUGCACUGUUCAACAAACUUAUACAAUCUGAAAAGCCAGUGUCUCUCACACUUCCAAACCAAUGGCUGUGGGAUAUCAUCGACGAGUUCCUCUAUCAGUUUCAAAAGUUUUCCAACUUCCGCGCGCGCCAGAAACACAAACCAGAAGAUGAGGCGCAGUUGCACGCCAAUCCACGUGUGUGGAGUAUCCACAGUGUACUCAAUGUGCUCUAUUCACUGGUUGAAAAAUCCAACAUCAACGAACAGUUGUGCUACUACGCCAAACAAGGUGAUCCGGAUGAAAUUGCAGACGAGUUCGGCCGCUGCGUUCUGUACAAAAUGCUUGGUUUCUUCAGUCUGAUCGGAUUGUGUCGGCUACACUGCCUCCUGGGUGACUAUUAUACGGCAAUCAAGGUCUUGGAGAACAUCAAAAUCAGUCGUUUGGAUAUGUAUCACGAAGUACCCACUUGUCAUAUAACUACUGGGUACUACGUCGGUUUUUCGUACAUGAUGAUGCGCCGCUAUUUGGAUGCCAUUCGUACGCUGUCCGCCACGUUGGCCUACAAAUCCCGAGCCAUAGGAAUCGUCCAGCGUGCCGAGUUGCGUGAGUACAUCCAGAAACAGUCAGAUCAAAUGUCCAGCCUGUACGGAUUAUGUCUCACUCUGUGCCCUUUGUCCACGGAUAAUACGCCGGAUUCGGAUAGGCGGGACAAAUUCGCAGAGACGCUGAUUCGUCUUCAACAACUGGAUGAGGCAGAGUUCAUCACUUCCUUUGACCUGGGUUGCCCAAAGUUUAUUUCCCCGGAGUUGCCAAGUUACGCGCGUUUGUCAAGUUCGGCGACAACUGCACUGGAACCCGCUGCCCCACUUGAACCACAGCGUCAACAGAUUGAGUUGUUCAAAGAUGAAAUCAACCGUCAAAUUGGGCUAUUACGACUGCGUUCGUUCCUCAAGCUCUAUACAAACAUGCCUACGUCUAAGCUGGCUGGCUACCUGAACACGUCUGAACUUGGUGUCCACAUGUCCCUUAUGGCCUACAAGUAUCGUUUGAAACAAAUCACCGGCCUUCUCGAUGGCUGUUUGGGUGCGGAUGCAGCCAACAGUGCUAGCACUGGUGCCGCGUUUUCCAGUGCAGGCACAUCCGAUCUGAGCGGGCCACAACAACUCUACGCAGAUUUGGACUUCUUUGUUGACGAGAACAUGAUUCACGUUGCGGACACCACAGUGGACAGGCGUUUCUCCGAAUAUUUUGUCCGACAAAUUGAACUGUUACAACAGAUGAAUGUCACCUUGGACAACCUGGAACGUCGUAUUCACGACUCUGCCCCACCAGAAGCCUCCGAUUUCAUCAAGCUUCGCUAA